GGCUGUCAUUUUUGAAUCACUUGUUCUACGUCAUAAGGAAUGUCAAUAUUGUCAUGUGACAAGGUGCAGGUUUUCUGUUCAAUAAAUUUUUCAUCUAGUUAUUUCUCAGUUCCAAAGAAGUAGUUAUAAAAAGUAUAAUGGCAUUACACGCAGCAAUAAAGGGAAAAUUGAUAUCAGUGAUUGGAGAUGAGGAUACUUGUGUGGGGUUCCUCUUGGGAGGAGUCGGCGAGAUAAAUAAGAACAGACAUCCAAAUUUUUUGGUAGUGGAUAAAAAUACAGCUGUGAGUGAAAUUGAGGAAUGUUUCAAGCGUUUCAUCAAGAGAGAUGAUAUUGAUAUCAUUCUGAUAAAUCAGAACAUUGCAGAAAUCAUAAGACAUGUUAUAGAUAGUCACAACUCUCCAGUUCCAGCUAUUCUUGAAAUUCCAUCUAAAGAUCAUCCCUAUGAUGCAAGUAAAGAUUCCAUUUUGAGACGUGCAAAGGGUAUGUUCAAUCCUGACGAAGUAAUGUGAGAAUGAAAUGGUUUCAUCUUGUACAAAUACACAUAGUUACAACUUUACUGCAUUGGAAAAGUAUUAUAUUUCGAUUGAACUGUACUUUUAUCUAAAUAAUUUGUUAUCGAUAGAAGUUGAAUAAACUUUAAUAAAUAUA